UUUCCUCGCUCCCUACCUGGUCACAAACGUUGCAGACGAGUGGGGUCGAGGCUGGGGGCUAGCGCGGGUGGCAGGCACCGUCAUGCCCCGGUAUUACGAAGACAAGCCGGAGGGCGGUGCAUGCGCGGGCGUGAAGGAGGACCUGGGCGCAUGUCUGCUGGAGUCGGACUGUGUGCUCCAGCUUCUAAACCUGGUGAAUCUUCAUCAGAAUCACCUGGAGGAAGGAAAAUCCCCUCGGCAGUGUUUGAAGGAAGGAUACUGCAAAGCUUUGAAAUAUUCAUUUUUUGAGUGUAAAAGAUCAAUGUUGGAUGCCAGAUCAAGAUUCAGAGGAAGAAAAGGUUAUUGAUACCAUUAUUGAAACCAAGAUGAAAACAACAAAGGAUCUUCUCUGGUCAUUAAAACAGAGAAGUUAAAAUAGGAAACACAGUUUUUGCUACAUCUCUUUGGUUGGACCUACUUUUUCCUUCCAUGAAACACUGGAGAAAAUGGAUGAGUUGUGUUUUUGAAGAUGUAUAAAGUAAAUGAUUCUCUUGAUGUAAGUUAGUUUUAGAAAAAAAAUUUAAUUGAAAAGUUAUGGGCCUUAGUAUAAUAAAUGUGUUUUGAGAAUUGUUCUAAA